UGAUAUACAUCCAUGGGAGACACCCGUGCAGGCUGCAGACUUUCGACAGAAGAGGAAGAAGGGGGAAAACGAUGUUGCCAUGACAACGCCUUUUGUUUACAUGUAGCCGAGGACUCCAGCUGUAGCUGGGCUAGUUUACAGGCUAACUCCUGUCUUUAGCGUUAUUUCCCCCAUUUGUUAGCCUGUACUGUAUUUCACGAUGCCCCCAAAGACUAAAAGCAAAAAGGUCGUGAAGGGGAAGUCCUCGGCCGUGGUGGACGGUCUUUCCACGGAUGAAAUGUCAAAAGAUCAGCUGGAGGAACACAUCAUCCGCCUGCGAGAGGAGCUGGACAGAGAGCGGGAGGAGAGGAGCUACUUCCAGCUGGAGAGGGACAAGAUCCAGGCAUUCUGGGAAAUCUCCAAGAGGAGCCUGGAGGAGACGAAUGCCGAGCUGAGGAACAGACGGAGGGAGAGGGAGGAGGCGGAGGAGCGCCACCGUGUGGAGAUCACUGUGUACAAGCAGAAGCUGAAGCACGUCCUGUCUGAGCAACACAACACCGUCUCUGGGCUGAAGAUCGACGGCGUCUCCUCGAGCGGACUCAUCCGGCUGCAGAACGCUGAGAAGGAGCUCGGGCUGAGGAGAGAAACGCACGGCCUGCAAGGGGACUUCGGGGAGAAGAAGCUCCACAACGAGAACUGCAUCAAGGAGCUCAAACUGAAACACCAGGUGGAGUUGAUGGAGAUGACAAACACCUUCGACAAAAGAUUCAGAGAUAUUGAGGUGAAAUAUCACAAGAAAACCGAGACGAUGAUCCAAGCGGAGGGUAAGAGGCGGCGUGCGGAGGUUUUAGAAGUGGAGGACCGGAUGAAGAGUCGUGUUGUGGCUCUGAUGGAGGACCAGGAGCGAGCUCUCAGAGGAGCAGAGGAGUACUACUCUGCUGUUCAGAGCAAACUGAUGGGGGAUCAGAAGCUGCUGAAGGAGGAACUUGCGGAGGUGACGAAGCUUCAGACUCGAUCCGACAAAGACCUCUCUGCGGCGCAGCAGGAGAACAGGAAGCUGAGCGACGCUCUGCAGGAAGCCCAGCAGACGCUGCCCGCUCUGCACCGACAGCUGCAGGAGGACCAGCAGGCCAAGAACAAGAUGGUGGCGAGUCGAGCUCGAGUGAAGCUCAUGGAUCAGGAGCUCAGAGAUAUGACCGUGGAGCACGAGCUGCUGCUGCAGGCCUUCGAAAAGGUUCAGCAGGAGCGUGAUGAUCUCCUGCAGAACCAGACGCAGACCCUCCUGGAUGUGCAGCAGCGCAGCGGGCUGAAGCAGCUGCUGCUGGAGAGGAAGAUGGCCGCGCUGACAGAGACUGUGGAGAAGAAAGAAGCUCAGCUCUGCGCCGCUCUCUCAGCCUCUAAAGUCACACAAACUGCAGGGGGCAGCGCUGCGAACAGAGUGGAGGACAUAUUGGAGUCCAAACAGGUCACCAUCGAUGACCUUCAGGGAGGCUUGGCUCGGGAUUGUAAGGAGUACGACGAGCUGCUGAGGAGCUGCCAGGAGAAGACGAGGUCUUUGGGGGUCGACUUCCCCUUCAGACCCUCACAGCUGAUCCUGGGGGGCAAGGACUCUUCGGGGACUUAAAAACACCAAAUACUUCACUUCUCUACCUCCGUCUCAUUUCAUAACUUCCCUAAAGAUAAUUGUAGUGGCUUAAAAGUUUCUAGAGCAGCCACUUCCAACAUACGGGGGUGUGAUUUCAACGCACAAAUAAUCCAGAACGAUCAUCCAUUUUGUCAAGAUUCAUCCAAUCCAGCAUACAUCUCUCCUUCUCUGUGUGUGUGUCUGUGUGUGCGUGUGCGUGAUUGAACUGGUUUAGCUUCCCUCCCGUCUAAAACCAACCCCUUCCCCAUAAACACACAUAAUAUAGCAAAUAGGAGACCAAGGGGUGUCAACACAUAUAUUCGGGGGCGUAAACAACUAAGGUGAGUAGGUAAAUAUUCAACAAAUAAUAUCUGUAGGCCAUGUAUACUAAUAAAAUAAGACAUGUUAAACUAUAAAAAUUAGCAGUUAAAUCGCUCCUACAAUAAUAAUAAUACAUUUAAUUUGUAUAGCGCUUUUCCUGGUGCUCAAAGACGUUUACAUGAAAUCAGAAAUAGAAACAAUACAAAGAAAACAUAAACAGUAGACCUAAUCUCUGUGUGUGUGUGUGUGUGUGUGUGUGUGUGUGUGUGUGUGUGUGUGUGUGUGUGUGUGUGUGUGUGUGUGUGUGUGUGUGUGUGUGUGUGUGUGUGUGUGUACGCUAGAGUGAAUAAGUGAGUUUUGAGAGAUUUGUUGAAGGGUUCAAGAGUGGUGGCCUUUCGGAUGGGACUGGGAAGGGAGAUAAGUUACACAACCUACUUACUGUUGACUUUAUACAGAUUAAUUAACAUAAUGUUGAUUUUUCACAACAUGAUGAAACUGCAGCUCACUGAUGAUUUUCUUAAUGUUUUUAAACAAAUAUAAAAUGUGCUUUCUGAGGUUCUUUAUUCUAGUUAUCAAACCAUCCUGCUGCUAAGAAUGAAUGUGUUUCUAUUGAUGCUGUUUGUGAGGAGUGUGUAUGAGGUCAACUCCAAAUCACAACUUCAAUCUAAUGUUAAAACGACAAUAAAGAAUAUGUCUGUCUUAUCUUUGACAUUUAUGUGA